GAUUUCAACGUUGGCUUACUCUCUCGCGAAGCGCACGCGCUCAGAGGCUGUUCUCUGUUGCCUGCUGUUCUGGCAGUGGCCGUCGCAAGUUAGCACGGAGAUGUUUCGACAACGAUGUAACUUAUGAUUCCGGAAUGUACGAGGUAUAAGCUUUGAUUACCACACAUCGAUCCCUUUUGGUUAGUGCCGUGAAGUGUCUACGGACUGCCACCAAUCGCUGGUACUAGGAAUACACCAUCGAAGGUUCCUGAUAGCCAGCAAAGAUGGCGGACCCGGCCGAAGGUGGGGGGUCGGAACAAGAUGAUGUGUCGUUUCUCAGAACGGAUGACAUGGUCUGCCUUAGCUGCAUCGCACCCUCCAAGGAUAGCAGCUCCACCGACCGUGUCUGUCUGGCUGCUGAGGGAUUUGGAAACCGCAUGUGCUUUCUCGAGAACAUAUCAAGCAGAGAUGUUCCUCCGGACAUCUCAGUGUCUGUGUUCGUGCUGGAACAAGCCCUUUCGGUCCACGCUCUACAAGAGAUGGUCACCUCUACAUCCCAAGAUUCCAAAGUAGCCCAAUCUGGUCACAGAACAUUGUUGUAUGGUCAUGCAAUUCUUCUCAGACAUCUCCAUGGAAACAUGUAUCUCUCCUGUCUUUCAACCAGUUCCUCCAAUGACAAACUCGCCUUUGAUGUCGGCUUGCAGGAAACUGCAAUUGGGGAGUCAUGUUGGUGGACAAUCCAUCCCGCUUCCAAACAAAGAUCUGAGGGAGAGAAAGUACGUGUUGGGGAUGAUCUCAUCCUUGUCAGCGUGUCCUCAGAAAGAUACCUGCACAUCGGCAGCGGCUCUGCAGUCAUAGCAUCGUUCCAGCAGACUCUGUGGACAGUGGUGCCUAUGUGUUCUGGAGCUGUCAGGACAAAAGCCCUAGCCAAUGUGUUUGGUGGAGAUGUGUUGAGACUGUUCCAUGGACACAUGGACGAGUGUCUCACAAUACCAGAAGCUGGCAGUGAAACUGAAUUCAAUGCUGUGAUGUAUGAGACUGGAGCUGUAUGCAGCCAUGCUAGAUCUCUGUGGCGACUUGAACACAUCAGGACAAAAUGGGCUGGUGGUUUCAUGGGAUGGGGACAGCAGUGCAGAAUUCGCCACGUAACAUCUGGCCGCUACCUGGCGGCCGUCAACGAGAACCAAGUUCACACCGUCCAUCGUAGCCAUGCGUCAGAGGAGAGCACAGCAUUCUUUGUCAGGCAGUCAAAGGAUGACAAGAAGAUGUCGGAGGGUCAUGAGGACGAGGGCAUGGGUCGCCCUGAUAUCAAGUACGGAGACUCCAUGGUCUUCAUCCAACACUGUUCCACCAGUUUGUGGCUCUCCUACCAGACAUUUGAGACAAAGAAGAGAGGCAUUGGCAGAGUGGAAGAAAAGAAAGCUGUGAUGUUGGUUGAGGGUCACAUGGACGAUGGUUUCACCUUGUCGAGAGCCCAGGAAGAGGAGUCGCGAUCUGCUCGCGUCAUCAGGAAGUGCCAGUCGCUAUUCACAAGAUUUAACAAAGCUCUGGACAGCCUGAAGACAGAAGGUCGGAACUCCCAUGCCUGGGGUCGGAUAAGCUUAUCGGAGGUCAUCAAAUGUCUGGAGGAUCUCAUUGACUACUUUGCUCAGCCUGGAGAGGGUGAAGAACAUGAAGAAAAACAAAAUAAACUUCGUGCUCUACGCAACAGACAAGAUCUGUUUCAGGAAGAGGGUAUGAUUGCUCUCAUCCUUGAGACAAUAGACAAACUGAGCCAGUACAAGAGUAAACAGAAAUUUGCCCACUAUGCUGGAGAGGAUGCAGCCGAGAGCUGGGACGACAUCUCCUCCUAUCUGUAUCUCUUACUGGCGGCCAUGAUCCGUGGUAACCGUGCCAACUGUGCCCAGUUUGCUCAGUCCUACCGACUGGACUGGCUUGUGAAUCGUCUGGAGAGUCAGCAGUCUUCCAAAGGUGUGCUUGAUGUGCUUCACUGUGUGCUUAUUGACUCUCCUGAAGCUCUCAACAUGAUCAAGGAAAAACAUAUCAUCACUAUCAUAUCUCUCAUCGACAAACAUGGCAGAGACCCAAAGGUGCUAAACGUGUUGCGGUCUCUUUGUGUUGGUAACGACGUUGCUGUCCGAACCAACCAGAAUCUCAUCUGUGAUAACCUGUUACCUGGACGUGAUCUCCUGCUGCAGACAAAACUUGUUGACCACGUGACAAGUUUGCGACCAAACCUGUUUGUUGGCAUCUGUGAGGGAUCUCCAAUCUACAAGAAGUGGUACUUUGAGGUUGUGAUUGUGAACUGUGAGGCCUCAACACACCUCCCACCCCAUCUGCGUAUCGGGUUUGCCAACACUGAGGGUUUCAUGCCCUACCCCGGGGGAGGAGAGCACUGGGGGGCCAACGGGGCUGGGGAUGACCUUUACUCUUACAGCUUCGAUGGACUCAAUCUCUGGACUGGUGGCAAGCCGAAGUGUGUCCGACCAGGAACAGUGAACUUCCAGAAGAAUGACAUCAUUGGCUGUGCCCUUGACCUUUCCAUACCACAGAUAGUUUUCACAGUGAAUGGAGUCAAAGUUCGGGGCAUCUUCAAGGACUUCAAUCUGAGUGGCAUGUUUUUCCCUGUUGUCACUCUCGGAGCCAACAUCAGUAUUCGUUUUGUAUUUGGCCAUGAUCACGGUCGACUAAGGUAUGGACCACCAGAAGAGCAUUCCCCAAUCAUUGAAUCCUUGCCGCCAAAAGAAAAGGUGAAAAUUGAGCCAUAUUUCUACUUUGGGAACCUCACAAAGAACAUGCUGAGUGGCCCAACAGAGACAAUGGAUUACGUCCCCUUUGUGCCAAACCCAGUCACAACUUCAAGAAUUCAGCUUCCAGCUUUCAUAGAGAACGUGCGAGACAAGCUAGCAGAGAACCUUCAUGAGAUGUGGGCCAUGAACAAAGUGGAGCAAGGAUGGACAUAUGGAGAGGUGCGAGAUCCAGAUCGCAAGAAGAAUCCUGCUCUCACAUCUUUUGAGAAGGUCCCCAUCUCAGAGAAGAAAUAUGUCAUCACAGUGGCCUUUGAAACUCUCAGAACAUUGUUAGCCCUUGGCUACCACAUCUCCAUCAACCCCCAGCAACAACAGAACAACCGCAUGAAGACCAUCAAGUUGGGCAACAACUUCCUUCAGGCUAAUGGCUACAAGCCAACCCCCCUGGAUCUGUCUGGAAUUCAGCUGAAUGAUAAGAUGGAGGAGCUGGUGGAGCUGCUGGCUGAGAACACCCACAAUGUCUGGGCCAAGGACAGGAUCAAACAUCACUGGACAUAUGGCCUGAACGAGGAUCCUCUGCACAAGAGAAGUCCCCAUCUUGUCCCCUACAACAAGGUAGAUCAGCACAUCAAGAAGGCUAACAGGGACACUGCAAGCGAGGCUGUGCGGACACUGAUGGCGUACGACUACGUGUUGGAGCCCCCUACCAGCGAGACUGGGGAGAGCGGUAUGACAGCCAUGACACGAGAAAUCUCUGAGACCUCUGUAAACACAAGAACAUACAGGGCAGAGCUAACUUACGCUGUGUCUGGAGGAAAAUGGUACUAUGAGUUCGAGGUGGUGACACCCGGCUUCAUGAAGGUCGGGUGGAUGAAGAAGUCAGCUGCUCCAGGCGUGGAUAUCGGUCUGGAUGGGAUGUCGUAUGGGUUCGAUGGAUAUGUGGGUCGUAAGUGGCAUGAAGGAUCCGAGCAGUAUGGCAAAGUGUGGCAGACGGGCGACGUCAUUGGUUGUCUCCUGGACAUGAGUGACAAGACAAUCUCAUUCUCGCUGAACGGUGAGCUGAUGAUGGAUGCUCUAGGACAGGAGAUUGCCUUCAGAGAGGUGGACGUGGAGGAAUCCUAUGUCCCUGCCUUGACACUAGCAGCUCAUCAGCAGGCCAAGUUCAACUUCGGGCAGGAUGUGAACACACUCAAGUACUUCACCUGCUGUGGUCUCCAGGAAGGCUAUGAGCCAUUCUGUGUGAACAUGACCCGCCAGAUGACGCUGUGGUACGGGAAGGAACAGGCGUUGUUCAAGCCGCUGGAAAACCCCAACCCCAGCCUUGAGGUCGUCAGGAUCCCUGGAGGGUCAAAUGUGACUCCAAGCCUGAAGGUCAUGUCAAAGACAUUCGGGACACUGGAGAAGGUUCACCUGGACUACUUCCGUCUCAGUCUUCCGGUCAAGUGCAAUGAUGAGUUUGUCACCAGGGAUCGCAACUUUGCUCAGUCUGUGCUGGAGAAGCGGUUGAACCUGGAGAACCUACGUCGCCGCGAUGUGGACAUCGAGGAGGAGGCUCCAACAGGUGGGACGUUGUCCAGCAGUCAGGAAAACUACAGUGAUGCUAACAUCAGUGAUGCUUCUCUAGAGCGUGCUAAUAAAACUACCACAGACCAGAGUAGUGAGAGUGGGUCGGGCGAGCAUGAUGACCGUCCCCACCAUAACCAUGUCCCCGACAGCAUACUGGAGGACACCAUACCAGAGGCUAAUGAGGAAGACUAUACACCAGAGGAAGGCCCUGAUAUGCUCAAUGGUGGACCUGAUCUCACUCUCCGGAAAACGCUCCACAGGGGUCUCACUGAUGAUAGUUCUGUUGAUGAUAGAAGGAAAACCUUCAGACAGACGGCCAAAUCUGGCAAAGGACGUUCUCUAGAUGACACUGCCAUCACCGACAGGACAGGAGGAGGUUUGAAAGCAGCUGCUAGUGAAUCUCAACUGAAUGAGUCAUCUGAUUCUUUCUUGACUCCACCCAAAGAAAAGAAAUCUGGAUCCAAACUAUCCCUCCUCGCAGACAAGAUGCUUGACUCUGCCAAACACAUUGGCGAUAACAAGAACACCAAACGCGGCAAGUCGCCAUUCACAUCUAUCUUCAGGAGAUCCAAGCCCGGGGAUCCGUCUCCCAACAACAUGGGAAGAACGCGUUCAACCGAGUACUCCAGCUUGGACAGGAAACAUGACAUGUCCAAGAGGCUCGGCAAGGACAUGCAGAAAGCUACACCAAAGAAAUCAGCAACGCUUCCACCAGUCAGGAUCACGUCUGGUUCCGACAUUACAGACUCGCAGGACCUGGACUUAGAAGGAGAAUUCAUCCCAUUUGAGUUUCAGGACCAGAUGAAGCGGAGACCAAUGUUGCCUGAGUUUCCUGAAGGGUCGGAGAGUGGAUUUGAAGAAAUGGCAGAGUUGAAUGCCCUGGCUGAACAGAUAGAUGAGUAUUACUAUGCUGUGAGGAUCUUCCCAGGUCAGGACCCAUCACAGGUGUAUGUCGGCUGGGUCACAACCAACUUCCACUUCAAUGAAACGUCCUUCGAUUCCAAGAAGAUCAGGCAUAUUGUUUUAUCCACUAUGGACAUGGACUACAAAAUCAAAUCCAGUGUCAGCAGGAAGAACUGCUACAUGGUGUCAGCAGGAGACCUCCAGCAGAGAUACGCAGACUCCAACCAGGAGAUGUCAGGCAAGAGGUCAUCACCUGGCCUCGUCAUCGGCUGUUUCAUCGACUGCUCCACCGGCAUGCUCAGCUUCACCGUCAAUGGUAAAGAGGUCGCCAACAAGUUCCAGGUGGAGCCAGGCACCAAGUUGUUCCCAGCUGUGAUAUGUGAGCCCACAAUUAAAGAAGUGUUCCAGUUUGAAAUGGGCAGCCAUAAGACGUCACUGCCACUGUCGGCUGCAGUGUUCCGUGGCCCCAAGUCUGUGAUACCUGGCCACAAGUCUGUGAUACCGAUGAGUCCACCCCGCCUGGAUGUCCAAGUCCUUGCUCCAUGUCACUGGUCACGUGUGCCCAACAUCGCUGUCAAUGUCCACACGAUGAAGCUGUCCGACAUCAGAGGACAUAGCAUGCUGUGUGAGAAACCAGUUGCAAUGUUGGCCAUCCAUGUACCAGAAGAGAAUCGAUGUCUGGACAUUCUGGAGCUCAUAGAAUAUGAACAUCUGUUGGAUUUCCAUGCUCGGACUCUAGAUCUGUACAUGGCUGUCUGUGCCCAUGGCAACCACCGAGUAGCCAACGUUCUGACAAAACAUGUAGAUGAGAAACAACUUAUGUACUGUAUCCAGAGUGAAUACAUGUCUGGUCCCCUGAGACACGCUUUCCACAACCUCCUUGUAACUAUGCAUCUUUCAUCACAUACAGCUGCCAGGAUUCUCACCCAGAAUGAGUACAUCAUACCUCUCACACCGAACACCAAAUCACUGAGUCUUUAUCGCAAGCUGAGUCCGCUAGCAGAUAGCUACAAGAUCAAGCACCAGAUCCCCAGCAUGGAACAGAGUGUCUCCAUCAGACCGAUUCUGGCACUGUCGGACAGAGACAUAGAUGCCAGGGUACAGCGCGAUGGCAAGGACUGCACCUCACCUGUGUUUCCACUGGCGAAACUGAAGUCCUUCAUGAUGCAAACUCUCAACAUUGCUGCUGAGAAGGGAGCUUCCCAUAUCAGAGAUCCCAUUGGCUGGUCCAAUGCCAACCUCUUUGUCCCCAUCCUGAAGGUGAUCGACAACAUGCUGGUGAUGGGUUUGAUGGAUGACGAAGACCUCAGCCAACUCCUAAUCCUCCUGGAGCCCAAUGUCUUCGGGGACAGGUUUGUAAGACAAAAUGCUGUGGGACUGGGACUGCUGAACAUGAAGUUGGCUGAAACAGUCAAACUGGAGGUGUGCCGCAUCCUCAAACAUCUGUGUGACAUCCAGCUGCGACACAGGGUCGAGUCCAUCAUCGCCUUCUCCGAUGGUUUUGUACACAGCGUCCAGAGUGACCAGAAGCGUCGUUACAUUGAGAUCAAACAGGCUGACCUACCUUCAUCAGUGACUGCCAAGAGAACAAGGGAGUUCCGGUGUCCACCACAGGAACAGAUGCGGGCACUACUGACCUUCAAGGUGGUGGAGGAGGAAGAGGCUGACCAGCAGUGUCCGUGCCGCGAAGACAUUCGCGAGUCUCUCCGCAUUUUCCAUGGAGAACUUCUGCAACACUGUGACAUGCCCAUAUUCGAGGUCCCGGAAGAAAAGCCAAUGGAGGAGGAGGAUGUGCCAAAGAACCUUAGCCUCAAGGACAAGCUGAUGCUCAUGGUGGGACUCAGCAAGGGUCAGCAGGAGAAUAUUGAGAAGGCCAUCGAUGAUGGGCUUAAGCCAGAUUCCAUGCAGAAACUCAUAACACAAACAAUGGUGAAAUGGUCAGAAGAGAGCUUCAUCUCCAACCAGGACCUAGUGAGGGAGAUGUUCAGCUUGCUCCACAGGCAGUACGAUGGUAUUGGGGAGCUGAUGACCGCUCUGGACAAGUCCUAUGUCAUCAGCUGCAAGAGUCAUGAGGAUAUCAACCUGCUGCUGAAGAACCUGGGCAUCAUCAGAUCCCUGCUGUUGGUACAGGCUGGCCCGGAUGAGGAGGAGCUCAUGAAGACCAGUCUCAAUCGUGCCAUGGACAACAAGGUGUUCUUCCAGCACCCUGACCUGAUGCGAGCCCUGUGUGUCCACGAGACCGUUAUGCAGUUGAUGGUCAACACCCUGAACAAGGCCCAGCAGCAGCAACAGUCCGCCACUAGUGGAGCACCUGACACUACAGGCCGCCAACCUGCAACCACGUCGGAGACCAUGGACAGCAUCGCAGAACAGAACAAGCAAUCAAAUAAGGAGAGGAAGAAAACGUUUUGGGAUGCUGCUGCGGAAAUGGUGGUCAUGUGCUGUCGAUUCCUGUGUUACUUCUGUCGGACAAGUCGUCAGAACCAGAGUGCCAUGUUCGAUCAUCUCAGCUACCUGUUGGAAAACAGUAGCAUGCUUCUAGCCCGACCUUCACUGCGAGGGUCCUGCCCACUGGACGUGGCGUGUGCCUCUCUGAUGGACAACAAUGAGUUGGCUCUGGCUCUGCGAGAGUCCCACCUGGAGAAGAUCGCCAUCUACCUGUCCAGGUGUGGCCUGCAGACAAAUGCAGAGCUGAUUGAGAAGGGUUAUCCUGACAUUGGCUGGGAUCCUGUGGAGGGGGAGAGGUUCCUGGACUUCCUCAGGUUCUGUGUAUGGGUCAAUGGUGAGAGUGUGGAGGAGAAUGCCAACCUGGUCGUCCGUCUGCUGAUCCGCCGCCCCGAGUGUCUAGGCCCGGCCCUGAAGGGUGAAGGAGGAGGUCUUCUCAAGGCUGUCAAAGAUGGCAUCCGAAUGUCGGAACAGAUCUCCGCAGCCAGAGAUGGAGCCUCCAGCAGCUACCUGGCAGCCAUGAACGAUGAUGAUGACACCGGAGGCAACUAUCUGUUCCAGAGCAAAUAUGAUUUCACUGCUCUCCCCUCUGAAGAUGACGAAGACUACAUAGACAUGGGAGGAGCCAUCUUGAACUUCUAUGCCAGUCUGGUGGACCUUCUCGGUCGCUGCGCCCCAGACGCUGAGACCAUCAAGCAGGGCCGCAGUGGUUCCCUGAGGGCUCGAGCCAUCCUCAGGAGUUUGGUAUCCAUGGAAGACCUGGAGGGGGUGCUGGGGCUCCGCUUCAUCCUCCCCGUGGGGCUCAAUGCAGGAGGAGACCAAGAUGCUCCUCCUGCCAGUGACCUGCCCCCUGGUCUGUUGCCCAACCACAAGAUGUCAAUUGUCAUGUUCCUUGAGCGUGUGUAUGGUGUGGAUGACCAGAGCACCUUCUUCAGAAUCCUGGAGGAGGCCUUCCUGCCAGAUCUCCGAGCAGCCACCACACUGGACUCGGCUAUGGCAUCGGAGAGUGACAUGGCCUUGGCCUUGAACAGGUACCUGUGUAACUCAGUGCUGCCAAUGUUGACCCACAACAGCCAGUACUUCAGUGAUGCCGACCACUUCUCUCACCUGAUGGACUCCCUGCUCCACACAGUGUACAGACUGUCCAAGUGCCGGACACUGACCAAGGGGCAGCAGGAGACUGUGUCCGACUUCCUUGUCUCCUUCACUGGGCAACUGAGGCCCCCAAUGAUGACCAGUCUGCUGAAGAAGCUGACCAGAGAUGUUCCAGCAUUGUCAGAACAUGCCAUUGUGCCCCUCAGGGUACUGACCGGCUCACUACGAACGUGUGGUCGCUACUACAGCAGUGGAGGUGGAGGGUAUGGGUCCGGCACGGCCAGCGAGGAGGAGAAGAGGCUGUCCAUGAUUCUCUUCAGUGGAAUAUUUGACUCCCUGGCCAAGAGGGCCUAUGACCCAGAGCUGUUCUCCAAGGCACUGCCAUGCUUGUCAGCGAUUGGGUGUGCCCUGUCACCUGACUACUCUCUGAGUCACACUGACGCCACCUGGUACCAACAGUCUAGCAGCGACAUCGAGGGCAACUACAUACCUCAACCCAUCGAAACAGCCAGAGUGAAUCUGACUCCAUCAUUUGACAACACCCUCAACAAGUUUGCCGAGCACUACCAUGACAGCUGGGCAGUCAAGAAGCUGGAGGGUGGGUGGUUUUUUGGCACUACGUAUGAUGAAGAUAGGAAACUUCAUCCUCUGCUGAAACCGUACCAUCUCCUAGAUGAGCGGGCCAAGCGGAAGUACACUGAGCCAGCCCGGGAGACGUUGAAGACGAUGUUGGCCCUGGGGUGGGGCAUUGACCAGGACAACUCCCGAGGCCCCACCAGACAAGACUCCAUCAAGCGUAGGGCAUCAAAGGCCAAUGUGUUUGAGCAAGGCUACAGUCCACGACCUUAUGAUUUGAGGAAUGUGACCUUGACAAGAGACACUCAGACAAUGGUGGAUAGACUUGCUGAGAAUGCUCAUGAACUAUGGGCCAAGAGGAAGAAAGCAGAACUAGAGCAGAUUGGUGGAGGGCUUCACCCCCAGCUUGUUCCCUAUGACAUCCUGACGGACAAGGAAAAGAAGAAGUACCGAGACCAUGCCCUGGAGCUCCUCAAGUUCCUUCAGUUCCUCAACUUCCGCAUCUCCAGCGGUGGCGACCUAGGCUUGGAUCGUAGACGUGAGUCUUCUUCCAGACAUAACCCCAAGUCAGAGACGGAUGGUGGUCCUGGGAUGUCGGCCACCGAGAGACGUUUUGCUUACAGUCUUCUUGAGAAACUCCUGGACUACGUGGAGAUUGCUUCAGUCAACAUGCGGCAGACGCGGCCCAGCUCUCGUUUCAGCCGCAGGGGAAGCUACACACAAGCGACAGAGGAUGUGAAAUUCUUUGGAAAGGUGGUGCUGCCGUUUGUAGAGAAAUACUUCCACGCUCAUCGUGUCUACUUCAUGGCGUGCCCAAAUACACCUGCCAGCACCUCAAGCAUGGCAUCUGUCAAGGAGAAGGAGAUGACAGCAAGCUUGUUCUGUAAGCUGGCCCAGACUUUGAGAGCCAAGAUCACUGCUUUUGGCUACGAUGUCAACAUUUCCGUCCGUUGCCUCCGAGUUCUCGUCAGGGCUGUAGAUUUCAGGUCUGUUGUGAAGAAUUGUCCAGAGAUUGUCCGCUCCCACCUCCUGCCGUUCUUCAACAACGCUGCAGAUGACCUUGCACAGGUCAUGGACAAUCUUUUGAAAGGUCGAUUCAGCCAUGUCAAGGGCACCAUCACCCGUGGUGCCACCUCACUGAACUAUGUCCACAUGGUGCUACUGCCAGUGUUAUCGGCACAGUUCGACCACCUCGGCAACAACAGCUUCGGCACAGAUCUUCUGGUUGGAGACAUUCAGCUAGCUUGCUACCGCAUCCUGAACGCCCUCUACACGUUGGGAACAAGCAGCUCUGUGUUUGUGCAAAGGGAGACAAUUACGACGGAGCUUGCCAGACAUCGUCCAGCACUAGGAGAGUGUGUAGGGUCACUGGCCAGCUGUUUCCCCGUCGCAUUCCUUGAGCCAGACAAAAACAAGUACAAUCGCUACUCCAUACUGUUUGGCUUGGAGGGGAAAAUCUCCGAGCACUCUCUGGAAGCUCAGGAGGUUAUGGACCAACUGGCUGAGAACCUUCCGAAUCUGGAUAAGAUCGUGGCAGAGAUUGAGGAGCUGGCACACUCCGGUGGCAAAUAUGCCGAGGCCCCACAUGUCAUUGAGGUCACGCUCCCAAUGUUGUGCAGUUACCUGCCAUUCUGGUUGAACCAUGGGCCUGAAAUGACAUCAGAUGGAAAUAGCGUGACGGCAGUGACAGCCAAGCAGAUGAAUGCAGUCCUGGGGAACGUGUUGAAGCUCAUCCUCAAUAACAUUGGUUCAGAAGAUGCUCCCUGGAUGAACAGGAUUGCCACUCGCACCCAGCCCAUCAUCGGCAACUCCACCCCAGACAUGAUCAAGGAUCACUUCCUGCCCAUCGCCAAGAAGCUGAAGGAAGCAUCUGUCAAUGUGGAGUACUAUGAGAAGCGACUGAUCAUCGACAAGAGGUCAACAUCCGACAGUUCCGACAUGGAGGCAGUGGUGCAGGAGAAAUACAGCGUCUUGACCAGAGACAUCUACGCGUUCUACCCACUACUGAUCAAGUAUGUGGACCUCCACCGCUCACACUGGCUCAAGUACCCUGCAGUGGAAUGUGAGGAACUGUUCAGUUAUGUGGCAGAGAUCUUCUCCAUGUGGUCCAAGUCCCUAAUGUUUAAGCGAGAAGAACAAAACUUUGUUGCUCACAACGAAAUAGACAACAUGGCCCUUAUCAUGCCCAGCCAAUCAAAAGGCAUGGCUGUAUCCAAAAUUGGUGCUCAAGAUGGCACUUCCAAGAAAGCAACAGGCACUAAAAGGAAGGAAAAGAAACGUCUAGAGCCACACAACAGUUUACAUGUUGCAUGUCUCAAGCGUUUGGUGCCAAUUGGUUUGAGCUUCUUUUCGGGACGGGAGCAAGAACUGCUCCAGCAAGCAAAGCAGAAGCUCAUUCUAAUAACCAUCUCCGAAAAGAAGGACCCCGAUGGAGAUAUCGAAGAAUUCCUCCUUCAAAGUCUGGAGACAGUGGAAGGGGUAAUUGAUGAAGCCUCAAGAUGGCAGAAGGUACUAUACAAGAAGAUUGGCGACACAAGCACAACAGGACAGAGCAAGUCAAGUCGGGACAAGAUUAUUGGCCGUAUCAUAUCCAUGGCAAAGGUCAUGCAUGGUCUUUACCUGGUGGAGAAUCCAGCAAUGGCUGUUCAUGAGAAGAGGAGACAAGCCCUUCAUGGACACGUUGAGCACCCCCACCUUGGUUUGAAGAGUGCUUGGAAGAAGGUGAUUUCGUCUCAGAGGAAGAGGGCUGUUAUGGCCUGCUUCAGGAUGAUACCUCUGCACAGUCUCCCCAGACAUCGUGCCAUCAACUUGUUCCUGAAGUCCUACAAGCUGCUGUGGCUAGAAACUGAGGAACUGGACAAGAACAUCCUCAUCACAGACCUUACACAAGCCAGUGAGAAAGAAGAUGAAGGGGAGAAGAAGGAGGAAGAGGAAGUUAAACCAGACCCUCUGUCUCAGCUUAUCACAUGUCUCAGUCGGGCAGCAACCAAGGAGCAGCAGAGCAGUCUUCCAGAAGAUCCUUUGUACAUGUCCUAUGCUGAAAUCAUGGCAAAGAGCUGCAGUGGUGAAGAUGAGGAUGAUGACGAUGAUGGUGGGGAGGACGAGGGUCCAGGACCGUCCUUCGAGGAGCAGGAGAUGGAGAAGCAGAAGUUGUUGUCGGAACAGUCGCGGCUGGCUGACCGUGGUGCUGCCGAGAUGGUGCUUCUGUAUAUGGACGCCAGCAGAGGUGAACUUGGGCCAAUGGUGACCAAUACCAUUGAACUUGGCAUCUCACUACUUAGGGGUGGUAAUGUGGAUGUGCAAAAGAAAAUGUUGCAACAUUUGAAGGAUAAGAAAGAUGUGGCCUUCUUUACCUCAGUGGCUGGUUUGAUGCAGCAGUGCAGUGUUCUUGACCUGGAUGCCUUUGAACGUACCAACAAGGCUGAGGGACUCGGAAUGAGCACAGACGCAGCUGCAGCAGACAAGAACGCUGCUGAAUUUACCUGCAAGUUGUUCCGCUUCCUGCAACUGAUGUGUGAAGGUCAUAACCUGGAGUUCCAGAACUACCUGCGCACCCAGGCCGGCAACACCACCACUGUCAACAUCAUCAUCUGUACAGUUGACUACCUGCUCAGACUCCAAGAAUCCAUCAUGGACUUCUACUGGCACUACUCAGGGAAGGAUGUCAUCGAUGUGGCUGGCAAGGAGAACUUCUGUCGCGCCAUCAUGGUUGCCAAGCAGGUCUUCUGUACACUGUCUGAAUACAUUCAGGGUCCUUGCUCUUUGAACCAGCUGGCUCUAGCUCACAGUAGGCUGUGGGAUGCUGUUGGAGGCUUCCUCUACAUCUUCUCCCACAUGCAGGACAAACUCUCAAAGGACCCCGAUCAGCUGGACCUGUUGAGGGAGUUCAUGAAGCUGCAGAAGGAAAUGAUGAUCAUGUUGCUGUCCAUGUUGGAAGGCAAUGUGAUGAAUGGACCAAUUGGAAAACAGAUGGUUGACACUCUGGUGGAGUCAUCCAGCAAUGUGGAGAUGAUUCUCAAGUUCUUCGACAUAUUCCUCAAGAUGAAGGACCUGACCACUUCUGAAGCAUUCUUGGAAUUUGAUACAAAUCAUGAUGGGUACAUAUCUGCCAAAGAGUUUCGGAAAGCCAUGGACAGUCAGAAAGCAUACACGCGGGAGGAGAUCGAGUACAUCAUGAUGUGCGUUGACGCCAACCAUGAUGGCAAGGUGGACUUCCACGAGUUCACGGACAGGUUCCACAACCCCGCCAAGGACAUCGGCUUCACCAUGGCAGUCCUCCUCACCAACUUGUCAGAACACAUGCCCAAUGAACCCAGACUUGAGCGUAUGCUGGAGAAGGCUCGCAGCGUGCUGGACUACUUCAAACCCUACCUGGGCAGGAUCGAGAUCAUGGGCAGCGCCAACAGGAUAGAGAGAGUGUACUUCGAGAUCAAACAGUCUCAUAUCGACCAGUGGGAGAAGCCCCAGAUCAAGGAGUCCAAGCGAUCCUUCCUGCACAGUGUAGUUAAUGAGGGAGGUGACAAAGAGAAGCUGGAGAGCUUCGUCAACUUCUGUGAAGACACCAUCUUUGAGAUGCAACACGCCACCAGCAUCAGCGCAGAAGAGCAGAGACUGGCAGCCAUGAGGAGUGGUGCUGGCAUCUCAGGGGAGGGAGGUGAAGAGCAGCAACCUAAGAAAAAGAAAGGGUUGUUGGAGCCUGUGAUUCUGACAUACCGCUUCCUACGGGAGUCUCUGGGAGCUCUCCUGUCCUUCUUGACCUGGUCCAACAUGAAGAAGACCUACAAGACGGUGAAGGGCAUGACCUACUGGCAGCUGUUUGUGGCAUCCAUCAAGCUCAGCUUCAAGACAGCCUUCAUGUUGAUCACCCUCUUCUUCCACAUCUGCUGGACACUGAUGAAGUUCCUCAUCAACCUGAUGAUGGGCGACCGCACUGUGGAAGAUAGCAAGAAGCCCGAGGCUGAAACCACCAUACCUCUUCCUGUUGGUCCUCUAGCACUAGCAGCUGCUGGGAUACCGCCGGAUGACACGAGGGAGCCCAACAAACAGGCUGCUCCAGCUACGGUUUCUGUCGACUCCAAUCAAAAUAUGAAGCUGGGAGACAAGCAGGCGACUGCAACAGCAGCAGGAGGAGCGACAAUGGAGGCGACGAUGCAGGAGGAAACCAUGGAGAUGAUGCAGACAAUGGAGGUUGAGGAGGAGGUGAUUGUGUACAAGGAGCCGGAACCAGUUGUGGCACCACCCUCUCCAACACAGCCAGAAGCUACAAACGGGCUCCCACCCAGCAUGGAAGGAGAGAAGGAGAUUCCCACAGAGGAGGAUCCAGGAGCAGACAGUCAAGAGUUCGACUACACCAAAUACAUCCUUAGCUUGUUUGCCAGGAACUUUUACAACUUCAAGUACAUCGCCCUUGCCCUUGCUUUCGCAAUCAACUUUGUUUUAUUAUUCUUCAAAGUGUCCAAGUCUCCACAGCUAGUUGCUGCUGCUGCUGCUGCUGCUGCUGCUGCAGGGAACGACACAGAUGUUGCUGCUGGCGGAGCUGAUGAUGAUAUUCCUGAAGUGAUGUUGAUAGAGGGAGACUAUUCCUACUUGGAGCCUGUGUUACGUGUUAUAGCAAUAUUACACACUCUGGUGUCGUUCUCCAUGCUGGUGGCCUACUAUUGUCUCAAAGUGCCUUUGGUUAUAUUCAAACGGGAGAAGGAGAUCGCCAGGCAGCUGGAGUUUGACGGCCUGUAUAUAGCAGAGCAGCCAGGGGACGAAGAUGUUAAAGGUCAUUGGGAUAAACUGGUGCUCAGUACGCAAUCAUUCCCAGAGUCAUACUGGGAUAAGUUUGUCAAAAAGAAGGUUCGAGCCCGCUAUGCAGAACAGUAUGACUAUGAGCAGAUCAGCAACUUGUUAGGAAUGGACAAAGCAGAGCCUCUUGCAGAAGAAGCAGAUGAUAAAUCUGGAUAUCUGCCACAGUUUUUGAGGACAAUGGACUGGCAGUAUCAGAUCUGGAAGUGGGGAGUCAUCUUCACUGAUAAUUCUUUCCUGUACAUCGCGUGGUACUUCGUCUUCUCUGUGAUGGGCAACUUUAACUUUUUCUUCUUUGCUGCCCAUCUGCUGGAUGUCGCAAUCGGCUUCAAGACACUCCGGACCAUCAUGCAGUCCGUCACUCACAAUGGGAAACAGCUGGUGUUGACAGUGAUGUUGCUGAGUGUCAUUGUGUACAUCUACACCGUGAUCGCCUUCAACUUCUUCCGCAAGUUCUAUGUGAAGGAUGAAGAUGGUCAGAUUGACUACAAGUGCCAUGACAUGUUGACAUGUUUCGUUUUCCACUUGCACACAGGUGUACGAGCUGGUGGUGGAAUAGGUGACGAGAUAGAAGCAGCGGACGGGGAUGUGUACGAGGUGUACCGUAUCCUGUUUGAUAUCACCUUCUUCUUCUUUGUCAUUGUCAUCCUGCUGGCUAUCAUUCAGGGUUUGAUCAUCGACGCCUUUGGUGAGUUGAGAGAUCAGCUCGAACAGGUGAAGGAGGACAUGGAGUCCAAGUGCUUCAUCUGUGGAAUAGGGAAAGAGUAUUUCGACAAAGUGCCACAUGGGUUUGAGACCCACGUACAAAAUGAACACAAUUUUGCAAACUACAUGUUUUUCCUGAUGCAUCUCAUUAAUAAACCGGACACGGAGUACACCGGACAGGAAUCCUAUGUGUGGGAGCUGUAUCAACAACGCUGUUGGAACUUCAUCCCUGUUGGAGACUGUUUCCGCAAACAACACGAAGAUGAAGUUUCUCCGCACUAAAACUGUCAGUGAAUCGCAGACUCUUUUACUCAAUAUCUGUGCAAUAAGAGACAGUGCCAAUGGCCAAUUUCAAGGAGUGUACUUUGUUCCAAGAAUACGGCACCAAAUCCUUGGUCUUGGAAAGAUGGAUGGAAGAAGUUGGUUCCAUAUUCUUGUGAGGAGGAUUAAGAUGAGAGUGAUAAUGCUCUCCUAAAUGCUGAAUUUUGUGAGAGAAACAUUACCUGUGCCAAAGACACGUGAAGAGAAUGUGGAUUAUUUUAUUUCUUGUACAAACAUUUAUUCAACACUUUGCAGAUGCUGCAGAGCCUGCUUGUAUUAAAUACCAUGUUGCUAUGACAACUGCCAUUGUAUCUGAAAGAAAUAAUCCUCUUUUCUACAUCCUACUGUGUAAAUUAUAUAGAAAGAUACCCCAUGACAGUUGACCUGACAUUAAAAUUUUUGUAAUUGUAAAUGUUUGUACAUUUUGUAAUAUAAACUAGAUAUUAAUACACGACUGUAAAAACACAGAUCAGACAUGACCUGUACAGUAAACAUAGCGCCUGACCUCUAUAGCGCCAAAGGUUCCUAUGACCAGCUGUGCUUGGAAAGAGUAAUGUACAUAUUUGCACUUUUAUGGCGUCAACCAGAGCUACAAAGUACAAACCUGUUUUGUGACAAUAACAAACUGAUUAUGGCAAUGCUGUUAUUUAAUAACACUUGAAUUAUCUCAGUGCUGUGCCUUUCACUCAAGGUGACGCACAACGCUCGGAGUAUUACAAUGAGGCGUAGACAGUGUGAUAGAAGAGUGUUGUUCUAUUAUGUUACUUAGCUAGUGCCGAGAUGCCAACCAUUUUCAACUUUCAGAAUUAUUACGAAGAUUUACACCAAGUUCAUCAAUACAGUUAUGGGAAAUGACAAAGGUUGUCAAAAUAUCGGGAUUAUAAUUAUGACAUCUUUACCAUGUCAUGGUGGUUGCAUUGAAUAUAGAAAACAUGUUGGUUAAAAACCCAGACAGUAUAUACAUAUGACAAGUUGUAAGCAAGUUGUAUUUUACAACAUCAACAAAUGAUUUUUAUCCAGUGUAGUGCAUGAUACAAGGAGAUUACCACAUUCACUGGACAUAGUUCUAUCUUGUCAAGCUUACACAUGAUUGGAGUUCAGGUGAUACAGUGUAAAAAAUUAUACAUUUUGGCGAAAGAAUUCUUUUCAUCACACUAAUGAUGGUUACUAUAUUUAGGGGAAACAAGUGAAGGUAAUGUUCUUUGUGGAUCAGAUAUUCCUAACCACUAAUCAGGGUUGGCAUCUCCGUGAGUGAAUGACGUUAUAUUCUAGUAUGCAGAAGUGUGAGUCCAUCCAAUGCUUAUAAAUACAUCUAUUUGAUGGAGAUACAUAAUUGCUCUGGGGGAGAAGCUGAUAAAAGAGAUUUCACAAGCAUUCAUAUAAGCUUGUUGAGUUUCUAAUGCUUGAAACUCUUUUCACUGCUAGACACAUUUUCAGAGUUUUGUGUAAAACAGAUUUGGCAGUUUGGAAUGUUAUUUUCCUCCAGUGAAUAAUUUUGGUAACAUGUACAGUAUAAAUACACGAGUUGUGUACAGUUUACAUCCUUAAUAUAACGUUGUUGUACAGCAACUUCAUGUUGGACAUCAUAGUUCUAGGUGCUGAAAAAGGCUUGUGUUAUAAGGUUGAAGUGUUGAGCACUUACCUUUUGAAUGUAAUUUAUUUCUAUUUAUUAAUGGUGUAAUCAUAUUCCCUAGUAACUUAUUGUGGAGAGUUGAUUUGCAAAGUGCAAUAGCGUUUCCAUAUUGUUUUAUUUACUAGUUGUUUUUAAUAGGGCUUCUAGUACUAAAUCAAAAUGUUUUAUAUCAAUGUUUUCUUUUACACCAAAUUUGAAGUAGAUGGCAUCAUAAAUCUAUUUUUCCAAAUGUGCAAUAAGUCAGCAAGAUUUGCUUCACAACUGUUGAUAUAUUUAUAUUUCUAGUCUUUUGUUACAUGUAACCUGACAUUUGGAUCUUGUACAUUUUUCAAAGUUGUUGUUUGGUGGCGCUGAUGGCAGUGGGCUGUGUAGUACACUGUGAAGAAAGAACAGAUUUUGCAAUUUCAAAGCCAAAUUUUGUAGCUUCUCGACUUGUCAAAACGGCAGUGUAACUAUGUCUGCGAGGAUGGUCUUCCCACUGGUGGCCUGGGCGAGGUAGAACUCUGUGUGUGUGCCAUGUAUCGUAUGCCUUCAUGUCAUCUGGAUUGUUGCACUCAACCUGCACUGUCUGGGAACCAAACUCUUUUGGUUUGAUUCAAGAAAGGUUUGAAUAAUAAAGUUUGAAAAAUAAA